AUGAGUGUUAUCAUGAAACUUCACAGACACUUUCAGAGAACACUGAUUCUGCUUGCCACUUUUUGUGUAGUAAGCAUUAUUAUUUCUGCUUACUACCUGUACAGUGGCUACAAACAAGAAAGUGAACUCUCUGGUAGGGCUUCAGAAGUAGACUGUGGUGACCUCCAGCACAUACCAUCCAGGCUGAUGGAAGUGAAGAGGACAAUGCUUUCUGAUGCUUCAAGGACAGACCCCACAGUCCUAGUGUUUGUGGAGAGCCAGUACUCAUCCCUUGGCCAAGACAUCAUUACGAUGCUAGAAUCCAUUCGAUUCCACUAUCACACUGAAAUUGCUCCUGGAAAGGGGGACCUUCCAGCCCUUACGGACAAUGUGAAAGGCAAAUAUGUUCUCAUUAUAUAUGAGAAUAUUUUAAAAUAUAUAAACAUGGACUCUUGGAAUAGAAGCCUCUUAGAUAAAUACUGUGUAGAGUAUGGUGUGGGUAUCAUUGGAUUCCACAAAACCAGUGAGAAAAACCUACAGAGCUUUCAGUUCAGAGGCUUCCCCUUUUCCAUAAGUGGAAACCUGGCAGUAAAAGAUUGCUGUAUUAAUCCUCACUCCCCAUUGCUGCGUGUGACCAAAUCAUCCAAGCUUGACAGAGGUUCUUUACCUGGAACUGACUGGACAGUUUUUCAGAUUAACCACUCCACCUACCAGCCAGUCAUAUUUGCCAAAGUUACUACUCCAGAAAACAUUUCUCCUCCCAUCUCUAAAGGUGCUUUUUAUGCCACUAUCAUACACGACCUGGGGCUUCAUGAUGGCAUCCAGCGCGUUCUUUUUGGGAACAACUUGAACUUUUGGCUGCACAAGCUCAUCUUCAUAGAUGCCAUCUCCUUCCUGUCAGGAAAGCGGCUGACAUUGUCCUUGGACAGGUACAUCCUUGUGGACAUUGAUGACAUAUUUGUGGGGAAGGAGGGAACAAGGAUGAACACCAAUGAUGUGAAGGCCCUGCUUGACACUCAGAAUCUUUUGCGAGCACAAAUCACAAAUUUUACAUUCAACCUUGGAUUUUCAGGGAAGUUUUAUCACACAGGAACUGAAGAGGAAGAUGAAGGAGAUGAUUGUCUUUUGGGGUCUGUGGAUGAGUUCUGGUGGUUUCCGCACAUGUGGAGUCACAUGCAGCCCCACCUCUUCCAUAAUGAAUCAUCUUUAGUGGAGCAGAUGAUUCUCAACAAAAAAUUUGCCUUAGAGCAUGGCAUUCCUACCGACAUGGGCUACGCAGUGUCCCCUCACCACUCGGGCGUCUACCCUGUACAUGUACAGCUUUAUGAGGCCUGGAAGAAGGUUUGGAAUAUUAAAAUCACCAGCACUGAAGAAUAUCCUCAUCUGAAACCAGCUAGGUAUCGGAGAGGCUUCAUCCACAAAAACAUCAUGGUUCUUCCAAGACAAACCUGUGGGCUCUUCACUCACACAAUUUUCUACAAGGAAUAUCCAGGAGGCCCCAAGGAACUGGACAAGAGUAUUCAUGGAGGGGAGCUCUUUUUCACUGUUGUUCUCAACCCAGUAAGUACUUGGAGUCAUUCUUCAAACAAAUGA